AUGCUGGCACGCACGUCUUUCGUUAACAAGAGAUGUUUCUCCAUUUCUUCUAGAGCAUUCAACAAGGAAGUUGUUAUUCUAGCUGCAGCUAGAACUCCAAUUGGCUCUUUCCGGUCACAGCUUGGAUCAGUUCCCGCUCCUCAACUUGCUAGUGCUGCCAUUAAAGCAACUCUUGAGAGAAGUGGAGUAAAAGCUGACUCUGUUCAAGAAGUUUUCCUGGGGCAAGUUUGUCAAGCUAAUGUUGGACAAGCUCCUGCUCGCCAAGCAACACUUGGAGCCGGACUUUCCAUUUCUACGGCUGUGACAACAGUUAACAAAGUGUGUUCUUCUGGUUUGAAAGCCAUCAUGCUCGCUGCUCAACAAAUUCAAACUGGUCAUCAAGAUAUUGUUGUUGGUGGUGGUAUGGAGAGCAUGUCUCAAGUCCCAUUCUAUGUUCAACGCGGUGAUACCGGAUACGGAGGCUUCCAAGUAAUCGAUGGAAUCGUUAAGGAUGGACUUACCGAUGCUUAUGAUAAAAUUCAUAUGGGUGUUUGCGGAGAAAAAACAUCAAAAGAUUUGGGCAUUUCUAAAGAAGAUCAGGAUAAUUAUGCCAUCAGCUCUUACAAAAAAGCAGCGGAAGCCUGGAAGAAUGGUGCUAUCGGUCCUGAAAUUGUACCUGUGAAUGUUCAAUCACGUAAAGGAGUUACCGUUGUUGAAAUCGAUGAAGAAUUCACAAAGGUUAACUUUGACAAGUUGAAGUCUCUCAAGACUGUUUUCCAAAAAGAUGGUACCAUCACUGCUGGAAACGCCUCCACUCUCAAUGAUGGAGCAGCUGCUGUUCUCUUGUCCUCUGUUGAAGCUGCUUCCAAGCAAGGUGUCAAGCCUCUAGCAAAAGUCUUGGCUUAUGGCGAUGCCGCUACUUCUCCUGUUGAUUUCGCUGUUGCUCCACCACUCCUCAUUCCUAAGAUGCUCAAAACUGCUGGAUUGACUAUUGAUGACAUUGAUCAUUUUGAAGUUAACGAAGCUUUCUCCUGUGUACCUCUAGCGUUUAUUAAGAAGAUUGGUUGUGAUCCAGCCAAGGUCAACCCCCACGGAGGAGCUGUUUCGAUUGGUCAUCCUAUCGGAAUGUCUGGAGCUCGUUUAAUAACUCAUCUUGUUCAUGCCUUAAAGCCUGGACAAAAAGGUCUCGCUGCUAUUUGCAAUGGAGGUGGAGGAGCUUCAGGAAUGAUUAUUGAAAAGUUGUAA